AUGGGAAGGAAAUCGAAAAGUAAUAGGCGUCAAAGGAAAAAGGACACCAACCAAGAGGAUCCUGUUUCGAAACUGAAACAAGAACUUGUAACGUUUCUCGACGAAACUCGUCAAGAGAAGAAAACGAAUGGCCUGAACAAUAACGACCUGGACAAAAUAGGAAAGCCAACCGUACUUUCAGAGCAAUAUUCUACAGUUUUUGCAAGAUUUCAAAAUCAAGAGAGUUCACAGGAUAACUCGAAAAGCAUUCCACCUAAACUCAAACGCCACGAAGAAGGGGAAAAUAUCAUCAAGGUUACUACGGACGCAGAAACUUCAACUAAUCUUUCAAAGAAAAAGCUUAGGAAAAUCAAUAAACCAUCACUGUCACAGUUAAAGUCAUUGGUAUCAUAUCCACAGGUUAUUCAGUGGUAUGAUUGUGAUGCGAAAGACCCGGAGCUACUUGCAGAUAUAAAAUCACAAAAAAAUGUCGUACCAGUACCGAGCCAUUGGCAAUUGAAAAGAGAAUACUUGUCAGGAAGAUCGGUUCUAGCAAAGAAGCCGUUUGAACUUCCAGACAUCAUUCAACAAACUAACAUUGAGGAAAUGAGGAAUACACUACCAACACCUCAGCAAGCGGAAGAAAAUUCUCUUAAGGAUACCGCAAGAGCUAGGAUUCAACCCAAACUCGGUUCCUUAGAUAUUGAUUUCAAAAAACUGCAUGAUGCUUUUUUCAAGUUAGGCUCUAAGUGGAAACCUGACAUCAUGCUAGCAUUCGGUGACAUCUAUUACGAGAACAGAAAUUUAGAUGAUGAAGCUCGUUGGAGGAAGAUGGAACUUGAAAUGCGCCCUGGCAGAAUUAGUGACAAGCUAAGAUUAGCGCUAAAUCUUCCCGAAGGUAAAAUCCCCCCAUGGUGCUCUAAAAUGAAGGAAUUAGGAAUGCCUCCUGCGUAUCCAAAUUAUAAAAUUGCAGGGGUGAAUUGGGACAUUACAAAUCUUCAGGGAAAUGUCUACGGCAGUAUUGGACAUUCAAAACACAGCAAGAAGGCAGGUACUCUUUUCGGACAAAUAUUAACCUUUGAGGACGAAGAAGACACAUUUUCUGAUGUAGAUAAUCAUCGCGAUUCUCAUGAAGAAGCGAAAACCUUCAAUAAUUCAGAAUCGGGAGAAAAGACCAACCCCAUUCCAGCUAAAGGAAUUGAAGAAGUUGAAAGCAUUUCUAUUGCUGCUGUGGAGUCCGGGCCGUCAAUAAACAACCCAGGCGACCAAAGUCAUAGCCCAAGACAACUUUACACAGUCCUUAGUGAAAAGGAAAAAGUCCAAAAUAAUGGAAUCACAACUGGAGGAGUUGUUUACGAGAUUCCUGGUUCAAAGAGAAAUAGCAAUGAAAGCGAGGUACCGACAGGGCACAAGAAACAGCGUAUUGAACAAAAGAAGGAUAACACAGAAGCUUACGAAGUAGAAGAAAUCAAAGGAUUUAAGUUUUAG